CCCGUUCCGAGGGUAUGGGACCGGAAGUAGUGUGGAAGUUGUUUUUCUCUAUCAAAGGGUGCCCAGUCCUUCCCGUCCUGGGCGGGAGUGUGGUGUGAGCACGUUAGUAACUGUCUCCCUAUACACUACGGAUUACGUCGUCAACGUGCAGAAGAAGAAACUGAGGCUCCGAGAUAGCAAGGGGCUGGGCCAAGACCCCAGCUUCACAUUCAUGGAGGACCUUUACUUCCUGAGUCUUUGCGGCCCCCAGGCAGCUGGCCAGACCCAGACACCCGUCGCUGAACGCAGAGCCCAUUUGGGCCCACACUGUGGUGCACGCUAAAUUAAUAUUUUUUAUGUUCCAUCAUCGCCUCUUGAGUGCAUAAUAACGGUGCCUUAUGUGCGUGUGUUCAAAGCAUUACUUUGUAAAGAGCAAACUAUAAUAAGCCAUGAUUCUCGCUAGAAUCCUGAGUUGCUUUACAUGCCUGUAACCUCAAAACUGGAGGUGGCCUGGCCUCUGUAACCUCUGGUGAGCCCUGGCCCCUUCGCACCCGGGACAGAAGCCUAAACCUGCAGCCAUCCAGCCCUCGGGGCCCACGGGGAGCCCACAGCACUGGGGCAGACCGGAAGCGCCUCAGAGAGGAAGAGGUGACCCCCCCCAACUCGAGAGGGGGUGUGGGAGGGGCCCCCCAGCGGGUUGCUGUCUGCCACUGAGGAGGAAGUGAGAGGAGGAGGUGAGGUGCAGCAGGAGCCUGCCGUGGCAGGGGACUGGGGCACCAUGGCCCAGGCCCUGGGGGAGGACUUGGUGCAAACUUCGGAGCUGCAGGAUGACUCUAGCUCGUUGGGAUCUGACUCAGAGCUGAGUGGGCCCGGCCCAUAUCGCCAGGCUGACCGCUAUGGCUUCAUUGGGGGCAGCUCAGCAGAGCCAGGGCCAGGUCACCCUCCUGCAGACCUUAUACGCCAGCGAGAGAUGAAGUGGGUGGAGAUGACCUCACAUUGGGAGAAAACCAUGUCUCGGCGGUACAAGAAGGUAAAGAUGCAGUGCCGGAAAGGCAUCCCCUCUGCCCUGCGGGCCCGGUGCUGGCCUCUGCUGUGCGGGGCCCACGUGUGUCAGAAGAACAGCCCCGACACCUAUAAGGAACUGGCCGAGGCCCCUGGUGACCCGCAGUGGAUGGAGACCAUCAGCAGGGACCUGCACCGCCAAUUUCCUCUGCACGAGAUGUUUGUGUCACCUCAGGGUCAUGGGCAGCAGGGGCUCCUGCAGGUGCUCAAGGCUUACACGCUGCAUCGGCCGGAACAAGGCUACUGCCAGGCCCAGGGCCCUGUGGCUGCGGUGCUGCUCAUGCAUCUGCCCCCAGAGGAGGCCUUCUGGUGCCUGGUGCAGAUCUGCGAGGUCUACCUCCCUGGCUACUAUGGGCCCCACAUGGAGGCGGUCCAGCUGGACGCUCAGGUGUUCUCAGCCCUGCUCCGGCGGCUGCUCCCGCGCGUGCACAAGCACCUGCAGCAGGCGGGCGUCGGGCCCCUGCUGUACCUGCCCGAGUGGUUCCUGUGCCUCUUCGCCCGCUCCCUGCCCUUCCCCACAGUGCUGCGCGUCUGGGACGCCUUCCUCAGUGAGGGUGUGAAGGUGCUGUUCCGUGUGGGGCUGACGCUGGUGCGCCUGGCGUUGGGCAGCGCAGAACAGCGCCUGGCCUGCCCGGGCCUCCUGGAGACACUCGGUGCCCUACGAGCCAUCCCCCCCGCCCAGCUGCAGGAGGAGGUCUUCAUGUCCCAGGUACACAGCGUGGCCCUGUCGGAGCAGGACCUGCAGCGGGAGGUCAGGGCCCAGCUGGCCCAGCUGCCCCAGUCAACGUCCGGGCCACCCCCGAGGCCGCAGGCCCGCCUGCCUGGGGCCCAAGCCAUCUUUGAGGCCCAGCAGCUGGCAGGGGUGCGGGGAGACACCAGGCCCGAGGUGCCCCGAAUAGUGGUGCAGCCGCCGGAGGAGCCGAGGCCACCACGGCGUAAGCCCCAGACCCGAGGCAAGACUUUCCAUGGGCUCCUGACCCGCGCCAGGGGCCCUCCUAUUGAGGGCCCCCCCAGGUCUCAUCGAGGCUCCACCUCCUUCCUGGAUACCCGGUUCUGAAGGUCUCACUUCUGAGGCACGGACUCGGCGUCCCCUGCCCCCAGGCGCCUGAGGGGCUGAUGCCUGCCUCACGAAUGGGCACCGCACUUUACCGCUGGGAUGUGGCCGCUCAGCUCCCUUCCCCUGGACCGUGUCAGACACAAGGAUGAAGGAAGGUCACACGGUGUGGUGUCAGGGGUCCAGACCUGCCGUCCUCCCCCGGAGCUGUCCUGGUGCCCGGGCAUCGCAAGAACGGAAGCCGGCGCUGAGGAACGGUGGGGUUAAGGGCAGCUGGCUGGGCCGGGGGCCCCCGAAGGGCUCCUGGGGAGGCCUAGAAUAAAGUCUGACUGAGCAGAAA